GCAUUUUCCCCCUAAACCUGCUUCCCCUCCUUCUCCAGCCUGUCAAAGGAUGCUCCAUCCUUUCGGUUGCUCAGGCCAGAAGCUUUGGUCAUCCUGGAUUCCUCUCUCUCAUACACACCCAUAUCCACUCCCUCAGCAAGCUCUACCUCCAGAAUCUUUCCAGACUCUCCCCAGUGCCCACACCCUGGUCCACCUGUCACCUCCCACCUGGACAAUCGUAGCAGCCUCCCUGGUCUCUCUGACCCUCCCCCCAGUUUGUCCCUGAAGGCAGUCACAGGGACCUGCCGCCUCUCACCCUCCCACACACACCACGCCGGAAGCAGGUGGCUUUGCCUCCAGCAGGGUGACAUCCGCUGUUGCUGCCUCUCUACUGCCCCGCUGUUCCUCAGGACUUCUCUGGACCAAAGCCCUUUGCCAGACCCCUUCCAGCCCUCACCCAUCAUGGUCCCUCCAGGCAACAUCCUGCUCCUGCUUUUACUCCCAGUGGCUGCAGCUCAGAUGACCCCAGGUUCCUGUUCUGGGUGUGGACCCCUCUCCCUGCCGCUCCUGGCAGGCCUCGUGGCUGCCGAUGCGCUGGUGUCGCUGCUGAUCGUGGCGGUGGUAUUUGUGUGUGCACGCCCCCGAAGCAGGCCCACCCAAGAUGGCAAAGUCUACAUUAACAUGCCUGGCAGGGGCUGAGCCCCCUGUAACUGCAACCUUUGACUUCUGACCCUCUCACCCUGGAUUGUGUGGCAGCACAGAAAACCCACCCACCCUCUUUGGGUUGCUUUGGAAUAAAGCAGUUGAAAU